AUGAGGACCAGAGUACUACACUACUACACCCUGCCGCCUUCCCCAGACUGCGCUCGUACUGGCACUUCCAAGGAUCGACCCCCUCUCCUCAUCCCUCCAUCCUCUCUCCCCCGGGCUCGCUUCCCUGAACCGUUCGGACCUUUUCUUUUCUUCUUCCUCUCCCACGCUACAACUUUCUUCCUUUCGCUUCUUCUUCUUCUCCUUCUUCUUCUUCCUCCUCCUCCUCCGCCCACUCUCCUCUUCUUCAUCCAUCUGCUCUUCCUCGAAACUCACUGUCCGAUCAUCGAUUUCCUCCCGCCAUCACUACCUCUGAUCCUUCCAUUCCAUUCCCCAAUCUCUCCUCCACUGAUUGUCCGCCCCCCCCCCCCCCCCACCCUCUCCACUAUCUUGAUCUCUUCCCCCUUCAUUGCAUCGUCUCCCUCCACGUCAUUCCACCAUCUCCUUCUCGACCUCCGCCACACCCUGGCUUUCUUCUUCCACCCGCCGCCAGUCCCGCGUCGUACCACCAUCGACCGAUCGACACAGAUUCGCCGUUGA